AUUGUAAAGAAAGUGCAAGUUGGCCAUUGAAUCUCCGUUGUCUCACAGUUAAUUCCGCCUUGUGGAGUUCCUCAUCGGCCACCAGGGCUGGUCCACAGCAAUCAUUGGAGCAUCGAGGGAGCGACCCGAUCACAGCCACAUCCUAACCCCGCGGCGGCUGGGGCUGAGCACUUGCCUAUCCACUGUAUAUAUAAACCGCAGACACGACCAAAAGAAGUUCUGUUCUGGAUUUGCUCAGAAGGACGUGGCCUCUAUAAACUACAUUUCCCAUCUCAGUUUCCCAUCUUGUAGACCGUUGUGUUUGCGCGCUUAGGAUCAUACUGUUUCUGGGGACAUUGGCUUAUCCAAUCUCGACCCCUCCUCCAAACCCUCUUGUCACUUCACGCGCCUUUUAGGCCUCACUGCCCAACACCUCACGAAAAGUUACAGCACACACACACACACCACACCAACAUUUGCAGUUUAUCUCGCACGUUUGAUUCGUUGUCGCAACUACUCCUAAAGUCAAAAUGAGUUGUGAGUCGCAUUCCUUGUCCUCACUCAACCUGUGACGCAGACGAGCGUACUUGCCCGCCUGUAUCCAUAUCCAUCCACGUUGUAAAAAGGUUUUAUAAAUGAAUCUCUGCUAACCAUCAUGGGCACAGUCUCGACUAUGUUGAACAAGAUCCAGGGUCAGCCUGAGACGUACGAUAAAAAGUCCAAAUACAAAUUUGGGAGGACUCUUGGUGCUGGGACUUAUGGAAUCGUUAGAGAGGCCACAUGCCAUGAUGGCACGAAGGUUGCGAUUAAAAUAAUUCUCAAGAAGAAUGUCAAGGGAAACGAGCAGAUGGUGAUCGACGAGCUGCGAAUGCUCCGAGAGAUGCACCACCCGCAUAUUGUCAAAUUUGUCGAUUGGUUUGAGUCAAGGGACAAGUACUACAUUGUAACCCAACUGGCGACGGGGGGUGAGCUCUUCGACCGUAUUUGCGAGCAAGGGAGAUUCACCGAGAAGGAUGCAUCGCAGACCAUACGCCAGGUAAUCGAAGCGGUCGACUAUUUACAUGGGAAGAACGUCGUCCACAGGGAUCUCAAGCCAGAAAACCUACUCUAUCUCACCUCGGAUUCCAACUCAGGCCUUGUUCUUGCCGACUUUGGCAUCGCCAAGAUGCUUGACACUAAGGAUGAAGUUUUAACUACCAUGGCAGGCUCAUUCGGCUAUGCAGCUCCGGAAGUCAUGCUUAAGAAAGGUCAUGGCAAGCCCGUGGACAUGUGGUCGUUGGGGGUCAUCACAUAUACUCUUCUAUGUGGCUACUCUCCAUUCCGCAGUGAGAACCUGCAAGAUUUAAUUGAGGAGUGUUCGAGUUCGAAGAUCGUCUUCCACGAGCGAUACUGGAAGGACGUCAGCGACGAUGCCAAGAAUUUCAUCAACUCCCUUCUCCAGGCGAACCCCGAUGCCAGAGCAACAAGCGCCGAAGCGCUCCGUAACCCAUGGCUCAGCGGCAAGAACGCCACCGACCACAAUUUGUUGCCCGAGAUCAAAGCCUACAUGGCGAAGGCACGUCUCCGCCGCGGUAUCGAGAUUAUCAAGCUCGCAAACCGCAUCGAGGCACUUAAGAUGCAGGAUGACGACGAAGACGAGGCACCUGCAGAUUCCGAUUUACCCAAAAACUCUGAGGCGGCUGCGGUUGCUCCUGUUGCCGGGUCUUCCAGUGGGAGCCUGGAUCCCUGGCCACCUGCGUCUCCAGAGGGUAAGAGGAGUCUGAGUGCGAUUGCGAAGCAGUCGAUAUUCAGGGAGGUGGUUAUGGCAAAAGUAAGAGAGACGAAGGAAGCCGAACAGGCUAAGGCGAUUGAGGCGGAGGCGAACGAGCAGGAUGCUAAGAAGAAGAGCUUUUAG